AUGUAUGCAGUCGUCAAAGGAGUGUCGUCUAAACCUGCCAUCCCAAAACUUGUGGGCGCAUCGGGUUCAGGAACUGUGGUUGUGGGGCAGGGUCGGAGCCAAAAUCCCGGAGUUGCCUCCGACUUGGGUGACAUAUUCAAACCCAACGUGGCGAGCAAGAAUGUCGACCGUCGAGCGGACAGAAGCAAUAGCCAACAGACCUUGGUCCACUCCAAAGUCAGUAGCGCCGCGACAUCCUCAACCAACCAGUCCAAGCGGGAAUCGGUGCAGAGUUUCACGAGUCAUGCCAGCACACUGGACGAGUCAAUUCCGGAAGACUCGAGCGGUGUUUUUGACGAUCGGGAUGCGCGGGAAGAAACCAGCUUGCUGAAAAAGGCAGUCAACCCAAACAUCGGCGAUGUCUCGGAGAAAGACGCUGGCAGGAAGUUUGGAGACUCUAAACUACACUCGGGUUCAGAGACAGCCAAGAUCACCAUAUCCGGCCUUCCUCUGCGGAUACACGAUCAAAAGUAUACAGGAGGAACGCCACUCGGCACAAAGCGAUCAGAGAGCGCACCGGAGAACUCGACGCUUGACAGCUCUGAGGCGCUUUUCCAACCGACGGCGCCACUCAUUUCUUACCCAGCCCUGGAUGCAUACCUAUCGUCGCUGAAGCCGAAUAAGUUCACAGAAAUCCCGGCAGACUCCUUUGGAUUGGGAACAUCAUCACUAACAGACGGAAACUCGUCCACAAAGAGCAAACCACUCCCGCCACAGCCCUCCAAGUCCAAAAAACCACCACCUCCAGAUCCCAGGAUUGGCAUGUUCCCACCUCUGAACAAGAUCCCCGAGGGCAUCACAUUGGACCAGCUCAAGGUCAACAUCACCAAACCCCCAGGAUUCUUUGACCAGGAACUCCAGAACGUGAUGCUUUCGACGGCGGUCGACGGAAUCAUGAGCGGGGAGUCGUCCAACAUCGGCAUUUCAUACAUGCGGAUUGAGAUCAUCAUCGACUUUCUGCAGUUUGUAGGGCUGUACCUCUCGGUCUCUGGCAACACAUUCGUCAACCAAAAGUGGAUGUACACCGCAGUGAAUGUUAUCCCUGCAGUGCUGUCGAUGGACUUUCCGAGAGCCAUUGGAUAUGGGAUGAUCUUCUUGUUUAUCUUUGGACUUAUCUGCUGGAUUGCGCUUUACACCUUCAAAAUCAUGACCCGGGCUGACCCCAACGACGACAUAGAGGGCUUGGAGGUGUCGUCUUGGAGUUUGAGGUCCAAGAAGCAGCGGAUGGAAACCAUUUCGAUUGUCUUCUUGUUGACAACACUGUAUCUACCACUGGCAAAACUGUCCUUCGACGCCCUCGUCUGGUCAGACACCAUGUGGCCUAUCUCAAAUCCCUAUACAACCGCAGAUUUUCCAGUACUCCAGCCCCUGGGACCCAGCGGGAUUUAUAGAGACCCUUCGGACUUUUGCUGGGUGACAUCGAUGAAGAUCCAGGAUCUCAACUUUGCCUACAUUAUCAUUCCAGUGGCGAUUUUCACUCUCUGCGCGAACACGUUCUAUUUCCCGCUGGCAAUACGACGACUGGUGGUGCAGAACUUGCCGAGGAUUGACAAGUAUACGGAGCAAGGCGAGCGGCGGCUGGAUUUGGAUGAGGAGUAUAAGCGUCUCACGAACUCAGAUAACUGCCCAUACAAUUUUUUGUACAAUGGAUACCGCAGGGAACAUGGAACGUACAAGGUCGUGGUGAUGCUAAACAAGCUCAUCGCGGUCGUGAUUGUGGUGUUGUUCUCAAAGGACAACUGCAUUUUCCGCGGGUACGAACGGCGAAUCAUAGAGUCUGUCCGUGCUGGCCUCCAGAUCGUGUUCACAGUCAGCUUGAUUUACCGCGUCUACAGGACUAAGCCCUUCCUCUAUGCCUCGCAGAACGUCAGCGAGUACUGGUCAAGAGCCUGCACGGUUGCUACGAGUGUUAUCGGCCUCUUUAUUGUCCUCAAUGUCGGUCCCGUUUCCGUCAACACUCUCGGGAUCAUGCUGAUUGCAACCUACGUACUCAUGUGUAUCAUUGUCGUCUGGUUCUCUAUCCGGCAAACUCAAAAGUUCCAGGUCAUGCUGAAGCAAAUCCAGCAGCGGUUGGAUUUCUCCCUGGAGAUCUAUAACCCACGACUCAACUACUUCAAACAUAUCAAGCGACGAAUCUGGCAGGAGACCUGGACCACUACGCUCUUGGUCGAGAACUCGUUCAAAAUGCCUGCUGACACUGUUGUCGCCUACAGUCAGUCCCCGCAUCGACCGCCGUACCUUCUCAACUUCAAGGGCACUGUUGCAGAGCGCCACGUCGAGAACUUGCGGAUUGUCCGCCAGAUUGGACUCCGAUCGUAUUCACAGGCAUGUCAGUUCUUGACCCCGGCGAUGGUCAGGAAGCGCACUCUUAUCCUGAAGGAGUUCGUCGGUCCGGACAUGUACUACGCGCCCGAGUUUAUGACGUCGAACAUCAAGACGUACUUUGGCAAGGCGUACGUGGUUCCGUUCCCAUUUUCGGUGGUGUUUGUCUAUGACGAGUCAUCGGUCGUUGUUACACUUGUGAAGGAGCAUGAUCUGGACCGGUACAUUCGACAAAACCAGGAUCCCGAGAUUGAGAGGCGACGCGAGCUUAGGUACCAGCUCCGAGCGCUUGAUGGCAAGUUCGUAGUCCGCCCCUUUGUGGAGACCCGAGGUAUCCAAAAGGGCCGAGAGAGUAACGGUACCAUGGAGAUGUCGUUGGUCAAUGCGCCUGUGAGCUACAAGAGAGGCCUGUUUACCAUCCACCGCAAGAAGAUGUCGAGCUGGCAGGGACAUAACAUGAACCCCGGAUUCUCAGUAACAAUCACUUAUUCUGACGGCGAGACCCAGGACCCCGAAGGAUCAUCACAGCUCUUGCAUGAGACGACAAUCGGACACGAGGUCAUUGGGAUUACGCGAGACUUCCAGGUCACGCCAGCAUUGGCACGGUUACUCCGGGACAACCAUGCUCUGAUCUCUCGAGGCGUGCGAAAGGUUAAGAAGGUUAUGCAGGCGUACCAGAGCCAUUACCGCCACGAGGCUCUUCGUAAGGAUGGGACACUCUCCUACGCAUUCUUCAUCAAUGUGUACGACAACCCGAACUUGAAGCAGAAGGACCUCGAGCCAUUGUUGAAGGCAACAGAGGAGAACCCCAAGAUUGUAGACCCCUCAAGGCCGGUGUCGAUGGCGAUCCAGUACCUCUACGAGCGGAUGAGAGCCGUCAAUAGGACGAAGUGUCAUCAGUGGUGGUACCUCUUCUGGGAUGACCUAUACCGCAAGAACCACGAGGAGAUCCCACAGUUGACGGCCAAGGAGUUCUCACCAGCGUUCCCAGGGUCCAUUUGUUAUCGACCCAUGGCCAGACCCGACUUGGAGGCAUUCUUGGAGAAGCAGGGAUGUUGGUUGAAGGGUGGGCGGGCCGGGUUCAUGAACGUAGGUGUCCUGAACAGAAUCUAUACGUUCCUGAAUGUGCUUGUGUUUGACAAGAUGACCAAGGAGCAGAGACAGAGGCAGCUGGAGAUGACGACAGUGGAGCGACAGAGACUGGAGCAGCUGUUCUUGGUGACCAAGGCCAACGUCCAUACCGACGGUACUUACAAGCGCAUGCCCCUUAUGGAGGGUGGCGUGGAAGUUGGUGUUGGCGAGGAUGGUCUGAACCGAAAAUCGUCGUCCAAGGGCGAGAUCCAGAGAAAGAAGAGUAGGAUGGGGUGGUUCGAGAGUAUCACACCUGGUCGGCGCAAGAGUCGGAUCAACAAACUGCAACAACAGCAAUUGCACGGACUACAACAACAAACACCAGGGUCACCAGGACAUUUGCAGGACCAUGGCCGCGUCGACUACUUUUCGCCUGGAUACAUUAUCCCACAGACAUGGCAGCAAAAAGCAAGUCGGUUCACGGCGCUGUUGAUCGGUGGACGACCAGACGACAUGAUCGGGGAGUCGGAUGAGGAGGAUGACUUGGAAGAGUCGGACGAGUUAGCUCAAAAGCGGAGGAGGACAACGAUGGGGUCAAUAGAGACCCUGACUGAGUCGAUGGAGCUCAAGCGGGUGGUGACAGUUCGUGGGGUUCGAUCGAGGAGUGACAGCGACGACAUGUCGACAGAGCAACAUAACCCUCUCCUCCGUGCAGUACUACAGCAACAUCAGGACAGGCGACAACAACAGCAUCCGCCAACGGUUCAGCAGCUACAGAGGUCACCCUCUGGCAGGCCAGAGUCCUGGGCGUCCAUUUCAACACUUGCAGAGUCACCGGUCGUGUUGACCACCAACGACAACAUCAGCAGUAUCCAACAGAAACAAGGUGGAGGUGGGGGAGUAGGCCUGAGCUUAGCUGAGGAGGGCAGGAGAAGUGAUGUUGGUGAGGAGAACCGAGACAAGAGACAUCCUUGUAAUAGAUUGGAGGAGGAGGCGGAGGAGGAUAGAGGUAUGGCGAGUGAUACGAUGAGUGUUACCAGCAUGAGUUCUGAGGAUUACUGGUGA